UGACUAUGAACGCCGCGAAUUGGCCGCCAGGACGUCACAGCUGUCAUAGCUCCAUUUUUCUUUUGAGAGAGCUUAUGUGAAGAGUGUGAUCGAGCCCUUGUCGCUUCAAACAUAUCAUUGCAAUUGACCUCCACUUCCAACCUCAAAAUCUACAACAUUCCGAUCUCCCAUCAACAACUCUCUACACACAAUGGCCAGCCGAACCUUCACACCAAUGCUCCGUCAGGCGGUCCGCGUCUCGCAGCGAAAUGCUAUGGCGGCACCGUGCCGUCGCUUCCUAAACACCGAGACAGCACCGAGCCUCUACACAGCAAAGGCUCACGUUGUUGGCGCACGGACAGGACAUGUAGACGGCGAGAACCUCAAGGUCGACCUGACAAUGGCCAAAGCCCUUGGCGGCUCCGGAGAUGCCGGAAAGACCAAUCCUGAGGAGCUUUUCGCGGCUGGUUACGGUGCAUGCUUCCAAUCCGCCAUGAACGCUGUUGCCCCCUCUGUCGGCGUAAAGAUGCCCACCAAGACCGAAGACUCCAUCGUCGAAUCGACCGUAGAACUUGUCGGUAGCAUGAAGGAUCUGGACAUGGGAUUGCGCGUCCAACUCCUCGUCAAGGUACGCGGACUGGCGAAGGAGGACCUGGAGAAGGUUGUGUACAAGGCGAGGCAGGUUUGCCCGUACAGCCGGGCGACCAAGGACAAUGUGUACACCACUGUUAGGUGCGAGACCAUGUAAAGAACUCAUGGCUGCAUAGCAUUUCAUCAAGUCAAUAUAAAG